AUGCCGUCGUGGCGGGACUUUUGGUGUGCCGGUUCGCUGCCCUCUCUCUGGAAGAGCAAGCCCGGCAAGUCCGUCUGCUGGCAAGGUGUCAGCCACAGGCUGUUGGUAAAGCUGCUGCGGCAAAGCGCCGAACUGACUCCCCGACGGCUUCUGGCCCUUCGGCUGGCAUGCGAUCUACCUGUACCACAGGUCCUUCUCCGACAGGACGUGACCGUGCUGUCUGACACGCUGAGAAUACCAGCGAGCGACAAAAAAUCGGAGGUCUCCAUUCAGCUGGAGUGGCUCGUUCCCCAAAGUGCUCCUGGCAGCAGAAAGCGCAGCGCCUCAUUUAAAUGGCUGCCCGGCUUUGGCUGCACGGACGUCGGUGGCCGAUGCCCACGCGACUUCAAGCGCGUCGUGCUCUACUUGCACGGCGGUGCCUACGUGCUAUGCACUGCCAAGUCCUUGCGUGGUAUCACAUUCAAUGUCGCUGCCACCCUGCAGGCCGCGCUUUGCGCGCCUGAUUUCAGGCGGCCGCCGGAGCAUCCCAUUCCCGGGCCGAUGGAGGAUGCCAUAGAGGUGUACCGGCACCUGCUUCAGACCAUGCCUGGAACGGACAUCAUCCUGGCUGGGGACUCUGCGGGCGGAGGAAUUGCAGCAGCGAUGAUGCACAAGCUUCAGGAGCUCGAGCUGCCUCCUCCGACUUGCUGCAUCCUCAUCUCUCCCUGGACGGACCUCGGCCACGACGGCAUGCGGAACGCGACGCUGUCCAACGAGGACCGCGACUUCCUGCCACCGGACCUGGUCGAGUUUUGCGCUUCGAUGACCCGCGGAGAUUUGCCCCACAACGAUUGGCAGCAUUCGCCAGUUUUUGCACCAGGUCCCCUGCAUGAGAUCCCUCCCACUCUCGUGGUCUACGGCGAGGACGAGCUGUUGGCCGGGCAGAUUGCUCAUUUUGGCAGUGUUUGGCGACAGAAGGGCGCAAGUGUCACCCUGGUGCCCGUUCGAGGCGGGGUGCAUGCGCCAUUGCUACUACAUCAUGUUUGGGAGCCUGCAGUUGAUGCUUUCAGCGUGACUAAGCAGUAUGGCCUGCUCUCAUAUGCCAAGUCCGUCACAAAGCCGAAGCACAUCCCUAGCCACAGCAUGGUCCCUUCCCUGCCCGGCGGGGCCUUGGUGUGGGGUGUCUUGCCAAUGGCGACUAUGGCAUUCUGGGCUGUCACCUUGUACAGCCACGGCCCGCGAAGAGACCCGACCAUGCAAUCCACCGAAGAUGUCAACAGCGCAUUAUCCCGGCUCCUGCCGGAGCUGAACCGACAGAUCCACAGUGACAUCAAAGACAGUGCCGGGGACUGCGAGGCGCUGUGGGACUAUCGGACGACCAUCGGGGAAGUGCUGUUCUCCAGACCGCUUUCAGAGAUCUACAGGAGCUGCGAGGGUAGUGGGCGGCUCGCACACAUCACGACGGACAGGGGAGGAGUUGAUACAGACAUUGCCGUUCUGUGGGCCACCGGUCUCAAGUCCCUGGAGCUCGUAGACGCAUUGGCAU